UCUCCCUCUCUCUCUCUCUCUCUCUCUCUCUCUGCCUACACAAGAAAGAGUGGGCUUGCUUCGUUGCUAGUGCUAGAGCUCAAGUCUCGUUGGAGCUGGAGAAAUGGAGGGAGUUGGGUCGAGGGAUUCAACAUCUUUCCAUUCUCUGUUUUCGCUGUCUGAGAUCGUGGAGAUGGAGAAUAUAAUUAAUGAGAUGGGAGAGAAAUCUUUGCAUCAAGAGUUUUGUGAAGAACUUGCAACAAGAUUAAGUUCCUCAGCAAUUCGAGCUGGAAGAGCUGCAUUGACGUGGCAACAGGUGCAAAGUUGGUUCCAGGAUAAACACAAAGAACUGCAAGCUGAAACCGUGUCUUCACCUGUUGCACUGAAGUUGUUUGUUGAUCUUUCAGAUGCCAACAUAUCUAGAAACGCCAGUGAAAGUUCCCAGAAGCCUGAAGGUGAUGAUGCGACAGAUCUUUCAGAAUUGGCCUUUGAAGCUAAAUCGUUCAAAGAUGAUGCCUGGUACGACGUCGCUUCGUUUCUCACCUUCAGGGUUAUUUGUACGGGUGAACUUGAAGCACGUGUACGAUUUGCUGGGUUUGGAAAAGAGGAAGAUGAAUGGGUCAGUGUGAGGAAGGGCAUCAGGGAGCGAUCUAUUCCGUUAGAACCUUCGGAGUGCCACCGAAUCAAUACCGGAGAUCUUGUUUUGUGCUUUCAGGAACGAUUUGAUCAAGCAGUCUAUUGUGAUGCCCGUGUUAUGGAAAUUCAGAGAAAACUGCACGAUGCCAGCACUUGCACUUGCACCUUCAUUGUCCGUUACGACCAUGAUUUCAGUCAGGAAAUGGUUGAGCUGAGCAGAUUGUGUUGCCGGCCGAGGCAAGAAGCGUGCCCACAGCUUUCCAAGACCAAUCAGCAUGAAACUGCCUUGAGCAUCUCGGCCCGUAGCUUGUGGGAGUAGCCGUGCAUUGCUCCGGAAAAUCAGAGAACAACUGAAUAGGGGGGAUGGGGGUUUCUAAUUUUCUUUGCCUGUUCUGAAUUUGAUAAUAAUAAAAAAGAGAGACUAAAAUCUGCAAAAUCGAACAUGAGGAUGAAAACUGAAAAGUAUGUCAAGUACCUGGCAUGGCAAGACACAAUUAGAGGUAAGCAUGCGAAGUGGUUUUCUAUGGAAUUCUUCCAGAAGACGAUACACGUAGCAUGUUGAACUCAUAGCCAUGCUAACCAUUGGUUGCGAUAACAACCUGCUGAUUAAUGAAUGAUCUGCACUUCUCCAAA